AUGGACAGGAGGAACACAAAGCUCAUCAUGCGCAAGUUGGAUAUUCCUGUUGAAAGUGGAUCUGAGGAGGUCAUCACUCCUGAAGAAGAAUGGCUCUCCAAGCAUGGCAAUGUGACUGAGUUUGAACAGCUUGGGCUUCCCGGUCCUUCUCGCCGUCGGCGCCCUCCUAGUGAUGAUGUUGAGCCCGCCGAGUCUGAAGAGGAUGAAGAGACGGAGGACGAUGAAGAGACGGAGGAUGACUCUAUACUACUACUAGUUGGCAAGAACCAGCCCAGCGACCCUGCCCCGCCAUGCCACGGCUCCGUCCCCGCCCGUGGCCGGCUCCGCUCACAGCACGCCCCCGCACGCCCCCGCCAGCCCCCGCCAGUGCCGGCGCGGCCGGCGCCGCCCGCCCCCGCACGCCCCGCCGGUGGCCGGCGCGGCCGAGGAGCUCCGCCCUCGCCCGCGCACGCCCCCGCCUCGUGGCCGGCGCCGCCCGCGCACGCCCCCGCCGCCCCGCCCCCACCCGCGCACGCCCCCGCCCAUGGCCGGCGCGGCCGGCGCCGCCCCGCCCCCACCCGUGCCCGCCCGCGCACGCCCCCGCUCGUGGCCGGCGCGGCCGGAGGAGCUCCGCCCUCGCCCGCGCACGCCCUCGCCCGUGCACGCCCGUGCCCGCCCCGCCCGCGCAGGCCCCCGCCCGUGGCCGGCGCGGCCGGCGCCGCCCCCGCCUCCCGCCCGUGCCCGCCCCCGCCCGUGGCCGACGCGGCCGGAGGGAGCUCCGCCCCCGCCCGUGGGCGCGCGGCCCCGUCCGCCGUCGUUCGACGUUGCCGGCGCGACUCCAAGCUCGCCGCGGGCGUGCGGCCCCGUCCGCCGCCGUUCGACGUCGCCGGCGCGGCUCCAAGCUCGCCGCGGGCGCGGAGCUUGUUUCGCCUCCGGCGACUUCCAGCAGGUGUGAAAAAAGGGAGACGCGGCGACGGAUGCUCCAUGAGUAGGCGACGGCGGUAG